CCUCGUUUGACUUGUAGUGGGAGAUAUCUUUUUCUUUGGCUCAUUUCUGACUUCCGAUUCAUCGUGCUUGCUUAUUCUUCUGUCCUCUUUGCCCCUUACUCAUUCUCGGAGUUGUGACUUACCUCAAUCAACGAGAGCCUUCCAUCGCGAUAUUUGCCACUUUAAAAGGCACCAAUACUUGUCGUGAACAAGUCGUUGAUAUUGAGCAACAUGGCAUCGAAGACCUUUUCACGGAAGGAAGUCAGCACUCACAAUAAUGUGGACUCGUUGUGGUGCAUCAUCGACCACAAAGUCUAUGAUCUGACGGACUUCGUCGACGCACACCCCGGUGGCAAUGUCGUCCUAGAGCAGAUCGCUGGCACCGAUGCCACCGAUGCUUUCUAUAACUUGCACAGGCAGGAAGUUCUCGCCAAGUAUAGAGACCUCUGCAUCGGUACCGUCGAGGGCGAGACGCCGGAGGUGAUCGAGCUGGGCCCCACCGAUCUCUCAACCGUCCCAUACGCAGAGCCGCUGUGGCUUCGCCCUCCCUACAAGAGCCCUUACUACAACGACUCGCAUCGCAGACUCCAAAAGGUCAUGAGGGAGUUCACCAAUCUCCAUGUGUACCCAGAGGCACAGCAGAAGGAGCAGGACGGAACCUAUAUCAGCCAGGAAUUGAUCGACAAGAUGGCGGCAAAUGGUCUCCUGGCGAUGCGCCUCGGACCCGGAGCACAUCUCCAUGGAAAGGAGCUUAUGGGCGGAGCCGUCAAGGGCGAGGAGUUCGACUAUUUCCACGACAUGAUUGUCGCGCAGGAAAUGGUGAGAUCAAAAGCCCGAGGUUUCCAGGAUGGGAACAUGGCAGGCAUGGUCAUCUCUUUGACGGCCGUCCAAUCAUGGCUGGGAGACAAGGCGCUCAAAGCCAAGGUGAAUGAGGAAGUCCUUUCGGGAAAGAAGAAGAUCUGUCUCGCCAUCACUGAGGCGUUUGCUGGAUCCGAUGUCGCGGGGAUUCGGACGACUGCGACCAAGACCCCGGAUGGCAAGCACUACAUCAUCAGCGGAACCAAGAAAUGGAUCACUAACGGGAUGUUCUGCGAUUAUUUCGUCACUGGCUGCCGAACCGAGAAGGGCUUCUCCGUCAUCCUCAUCCCCCGCGACGACAACGUCGAGACCACCAAGAUCAAGACCUCCUACUCCCCGACCGCGGCGACGUCGUUCGUCCAGUUCGACAAGGUCAAGGUCCCCGUCAACUACCUCCUCGGCGAGGAACACAAGGGCUUCGCCGUCAUCAUGAGCAACUUCAACCACGAGCGGUGGAACAUGUGCUGUGCGGUCAUCCGCUCCAUGCGCACUAUCACGGAGGAGUGCUUCAAGUGGGCCAACCAGCGCAUCCUCUUCGGCAAGCGUCUGAUCGACCAACCCGUCAUCCGCCAAAAACUCGCCCGCAUGAUCUCCUACUGCGAAUCCAACCAAGCCUACCUCGAGGCCAUCACCCACGAAAUGAACUCCCUCACUUACGCCGAGAUCUCCAAGAAGAUGGGCGGUCCCAUCGGCUUCCUGAAGAGCUUCGCCACCCGCUCUGCCCACGAGAUCGCCGACGACGCCGUCAACAUCUUCGGCGGCCGCGGCCUCACUCAGACCGGCAUGGGCCGCUACGUCGAGAUGUUCCAUCGCACUUACAAGUUCGAUGCAAUCCUCGGUGGCGCGGAGGAAGUGCUUGCCGACCUGGGGGUGCGGCAGGCGAUGAAGCAGAUGCCGAAGUCAAUGUUGUGAUUUUUGCCAUUUGUGCUCCUAAAGAUAGACGUGUAUGUAUAUAUAGAGCCGUGUUUCUCAGCAUCGUUGGGCGUUUGAAUUCCUUUGUUUGAAUAGUUCGUUU